AUGUCUGCUUCCAAUCCCUUUCGUAGGAAUCUGGAUGGUGGUGCUGCCACAGCGGUGGGCUCUACAGCUCAACCUACGAAUACGUUGGCGUCAAGCCUGACCUCCAGCCCUUCCCAAGCGAUUCCCUUGGUGCCUGAUUUCCCCAGAAAGUCGUCGCUGUCGUUGGAGAUCGAAGAGGAUGACUCAAGCUCCUCAGAUGAGCAAACAGCAGACCCUUUCAAUCCAGAUUCCUCGGUCAGCGAUACGGAAGAUGAUGAUAAUAUUCAGAGCUCCAAGAGCUCAGCUCCUGGUGAUCGCCCCCGACCUUCGUUUGGGUCUGCUCCACACUCAGCUCCAUCCACGGAUGGAUCGUCCACCCCCCCAUCCGAAGGUCCAUUGACCACAAAUGAAUACGACGAGCGCUCAACUGCCAGAUCAACAACGUCCAGUACCGACCAAGAUAUUACCCCGUCGCUCAACCGGCCCACUGCGGUAUAUGAACAUAAACAAAGCACAAGUCCGACCAGUCGGGCCAAUAGAGACAAAAAACCGCCGCCGCCACCCAGAAGCCAUCAUGGUAAACGGAUCAGUACUGCAGCCAAUCCACCACCUUCACAAUCGGCAUCAAAAUUAUCACCGACAUCGUCACGAUCUGAUUAUCAACUUUCAUUCCAGUCCGCGUCGCCGGAGAGCUUGGCCACUUCUCAACCAGUAGUCACUCCCAAUGCCAGCUCAGUCCAAUCACCAAUCCCAGAUUACUUCUCUCCUCAAUCACAAAGCCAAGUUGCAACAGGUUCAAAUGAGACGCUUUCGCGCAGUGGCUCUCAGCAUAAGCGUGCGCCACCACCCCCUCUUGGCAGACGGCAAAGCCAAAUGCGGUCAAAGUCCAAUGAGUCCAAGUCGAAUAUCAGUCGAUUGGCCUUGUCUUCGCCAGAUUCAGAAGACAUCGAUGGAUCUCAGCCACCAAGUCCCGGUCCAUCAAUUAUCUCUGCGCGAUCUUUCUCCAGAGAUCGUAAUCGCAUGAGCAUGCCUCCACCUACGUCCGCAGGGUCCCCUGGGGACGUUCGCCCGUCAACUUCCUCCGCUGGCGUAGGCCAUCUAUCACCCCCUACUAACUCACAACCACCCCAGCCUGGAAGACGAACGUCCUCUUAUGGUAAUAUAGCCAGCGGUUCCUCGGUGGCGCCACCCCCGCCGCCUCCCCCUCGACGGGCGCGGGAAGGUGCCCGUAGCUCUGAAGGCAGACCCGUGUCACAGAUUAUUACUACAGAUGAGCCAUUACCUCAACCGUCUAAUGCAAAAGAUAUAUUGGCCGAUCUUUUGCGACUGCAGAAAGAGGUGGAUGACUUUCGUGGAAACUAUGAGAGUCGCAAGGCCAGCGAGUAG